AAGACUAAUCGUACUCUCAUAAUAAUGUCAAGUUAUAUGUCGAGUGUUGGUGUCAUGACGCCUGGCACCACAACUGAAGCCGACACAACUGAACGAUCAUUCAGUUCCUCUGGCGGAGGCAUGGACACCCCAACUCAAUCGGAAGCUAGUGAGAAGAUGAAUGAAUCCCAUACUCUUACUCGUAAAUCGAAUCCUCACCACAACGGUAAAUAUCUGAUCCUCGACCUCUCUCACAACCGCGCACUGAUGUGCUGCGGGGGUAACCUACGACUUGAGACGAUCAAUCUGGAAGACCCCCAACGACAUAUUCCAAAAUACGCACAGUGGGAAUGCAAGGAGAGAGGUGAGUUCAGAGGGUUUAGGAAUGUUGCUAAGGGGACAUUCCUAGGUCAUGACAUUUGGUGGGAUUUCUAUGCUAAGGGCUAUCAUCACAAGGGUUGGGAGGACUUCACUCUGUACCACCAAGAGGGUGGCCUGUACUGGAUUCAGACUCUUGAUUGGUGGACGCAGAGGCAGGUCUCAGCAAGGCAAGAUGGAAAUGGCCUGUUGAGGCAGGACCAUGGGGGCACUUUGUGGGAGUUUGUUAAGAUU